CACUUCGCUGCAGUCGGAGCUCAUCUGGACUUUGGGCUUUGGACUUUUCCAGCUGCAAACAUGGCUCAGAUCAACAUCUGCCUCAAACACAUCUUCACUGUCUUCAAUAUAUUCUUCAUGCUUGCUGGUGGAGUAGCCAUCGCCCUCGCUCUGUGGUAUCAGUUCUUCAUGGACGUUCGAGGAUAUAACCUGGAGGGUCGCUCCACCCAACUCUUCAUCCUCUACGUGGUGGGCUGCAUCGCCAUGAUGAUCGCCUUGCUGGGAGCCUACGGAGCCCACAAGGAGAGCAAAGUGGCCCUGAUCAUGGUGAGUUCAGACUGUCAUUGUAUGGUGCUCUGCUUUGAGCUCAAAGGCAUCGUGGAGCAGACUUUCAGGAGGUUUGUGCCUCUGGACAAAUCUUCAGAGGAUGUGAGGAACAUGGCUGAGGUCAUUCAGGAGAAGUAUCACUGCUGUGGUCUGUUCAGCUACAAAGACUGGAAGAACAUCCCCGACUCUUGUGUAUGCAGCCAGGAGGAGGAGAAGGAGGGCAAGUGUCAGACUGUCGAAAACAACACUUUCAUGCUGCAGAGAAUGUCCGUCUACACUAAGACCUGCUUUCCCACCAUCAUGGACCACAUUCAGUUUCAUUACAACAUCAUGCUUGUGGUCAGCUUCACUCUGGCUGUUCUAGCUCUGCUUGGCAUGAUUCUGUCCUCCAUCAUGAUUCACCAGCUGUAUUACCCAAACAGACACACCAUCGUGGUCUCCAUGAUGCCACCAAAAUACAAGGAGCUGCACAACACCCCGGCAUACUAGCCAAAAAUUUCCUGCAUUCCAUCUCUGAACAGAGCUGGCAGCUUCCACCAGCUGUCAGCCAUCAUGAGAUCCCUGAGACCACUCACAGCUGGACUCGUGUAACCUGCUGUGUUUGUGGAAGGCAGUGUUAAUGUUACUGAUUCGAUUUGUCAUGGUAAAAUUAAAUGUAUUUAAAAGAAAAGCCACAUUCUUUUGCGACCUCAUGUGAAGUUUGUUAGUAGGACAGAAUCUUCCAAGCUUGCAGUUUGAAACCUGAGUGCUGUGAUGAUGCAGCUGCUUGUAAAAAUGUUUAUAAGGGAAAUAUUUUUGCAUAUCUUUGCAUUUUUGACGUCUCUAUGUGUCGUGUUUUCUUCUGAUUAAAACUGUAAAUCUAACCAUGUUACAGGAUUAAAAGGGGGAAAAAGAAA